AUGAAUAACAUACUCAAGCGAAUUGUUUCCCUGUUCUCUGUCAAAGAACCCCAAAGGGACGUUCCUCCAGCGGAGCGCGACGAAACCCCCGAUCAGUCUCCGACUAUGGAUCAUCCCAAGCCUGUCGCCGUUGUCGUCUCUCCUCCCGUCUUCGACCUCGAUUCCUAUGAAUCCUUCGAUGAGGAUUACUUUCGACGCACGGUUGAUGAGAUUCUCUCCGAUCAAGCUAGUUUUGAGAAUAGCUUUGAUGAAUAUCACGGCGCUAAGAUGAUGGAUGGGACCUGUGAUCGGGGGACUAGUAUGAUGGGGUGUUCUGCUCCUGGGAGCUCGGGGUCUAAGGCGUCGCCUUAUUUUCCGAGUAAGGUGGCUAGGAAGAGGCCUGUGGCGCACAGGGUUAUUCGGAAGGUUGAGAGCACAGAUGAAGAUGACUCGGAGGAGGAUGAGGAGACCCUGAUUUUGGAACAGGCUGAGGGGGUUCAUGAUGGCAAGGGUGGGGGCAAAGUGGUCGAACGGGAGGGUCCUGCUGAUUCUGUCGCUAAGAUUAAACUUGAGGAACUUGAAAAACGUGGACUCGGGGGUGAUGGUGUUCGUCUUCCGAAGGACGAGGUCGGGCCUGCUGCUCGGGCUCCUUCUGUGAUUGAUGUCGAUGCCUGCGAUGAUGAGGAUCUUGAGGAACUCUCAGAGGAGAGGUUCGUUUUCGCGUCUGUUUCGGAGGAGGAACAUAACCGUCUUGUUAAAUUCCUUCUUGAUCAUCCUUUCAUGCGCGAAGGUGCGUAUCCAGUGAAACGGUCUGCGCGGCGCAGCUUCGUAAGUGAUGUGCGACGAGAGGCGUCUAUCUCUGGCAUGGAUGAAGGUGCCCUCGGUGUACUCAUAAAGUGGAUCAAGAAGACAUAUCUCGAAGUUUGCAUGGUUGCCGACGCUGACAAGGAAGUAUCGGCGUUCGGGGAUGAGAUUGAUGAUGAGAAGAUGGUUGAACAUCGAUCACCAAGAGAGUUGAAGAAAGAACGAAAGAGAAAGAGGACUAGUAUUGAUCAGGCAAGAGGAAAGACCAAGACAAAGAAGACGAACAGAUCUGACAUUUCCAUGGUCCCUAGCAAACACGACAUACGAGAGGUCAUAAAUGUUGAUAGCGACGAUUCUGCGAUUGCGAUAUCGAAGUCCCUCUCCGCGAACAUCCAUGUCAAAGAAAAGGACCCAGCUCCCCAGACUGAUCUCCAACACACACCUACCUCCCAUCGAGUGAAUCAUGGGAAUGUACAAGCUGGAAGACCGGUACUUGAACAUGUUACUCCCAUAACACCAACUACCCCUUCAAUACAGAAGCGCAAUAAACAGAGCAUCUCUCGCAAGAAGUCAUCGCCGCCAAUGCCUCGACAUUAUAAUUCCACCCCUAAUCAUGAUGUCAAAAGCAAUGAGGGAAAUCUACGAGUAUCCCAAGAGCGCAUUUCGCGGAACGACUCGUCUAAAAAGCGUAGCGUCUCUGAUGAUGCAGAUCCGCCGAGCUCAUAUUCGAAAAAUCCGAAAUCGCCAAGUAACUUAAAGAAUAUCGCUGGAAGCCGCGAAAAGAAGCACGAAAAGAACGACAAAAAGCGACAUCUCCGGAAAGAAAUUAUAAGAACUCGAGGAGGGGUUGCUCUUCCCGUCUUGUUCAAGGUUUUUGAGCGAUAUCCUACUGUCGAGGCAAUGGCUACAGCGAACAGGUGGAUGUCUCACCCACCGAAAAAAGAUGAAAGAUAUCGCAAACUCCACUACCCCUGCAAAUUAGACGGACGGGAUGUCCGACCACAAGAGUGUAUUGAUGAUGCAGACCCGCGUGUGGCCUGGGAGGUCGCACAUCUACCCGGGGUGGGGGCUUAUUCUCUGGACAGCUGGCGAAUCUUCUGCCGAGAUGAGUUGCGAGGCCUAGCCAAGGAUUGGAAAGGGUCUGGUGCAGCUACGGCCGACUUUGUUCCAGAGUGGAAAACAGUUCUGCCACAUGAUAAAGAGCUGCGGGCAUAUCUGACUUGGAUGUGGCUUAAGGAGGGUUGGGUAUGGGAUCGUCAGACGGGACAUAAAACUCGAGCCAGUGAGAAGAUGAUGCGAGCUGCACGCCGCGGCGGAGUGGCUCUUGAAGAGAAUGGAAAUUGGAUCCUGGAGACCUCGCCAGUGAAGAAAGCUGCAAAUGGUCUGACUACGUGGGAUUAG